CCGAAGAAGCAAUCGAUCAUCAUGGCGCACGACGAAAUCCACAAACAAGAGUUUCGCAUUCGGGACUUGACCACCCGAAGCGUUCUCCUGUUCCCUACACGAGCCCAGAUUAUUCGUGAUAUCAAAGAAAUCACUCUACAACCAGGUGCAAAUCAGAUUGUGAUUGAUGGGCUAGCUCCAACCGUCGAUGAACACUCCAUCAAAAUUGAGGGAACUGGAGCCGCUACAAUCACUGAUGUCGCAGUCGACCUUCUUCCAAAUCGAGAGGUUUACGAGGAUAUCUAUCCCUCUGAUUCCGAGGAGGAAGAUGAUGAGGACGAGGAUGAAUCUGAGGUCGAGCACGAUGCCAUGAAAGCCGUCGCUGAUAAGAUCAAGAAAUUGAAUACCGACCUUCUCAGCGAACAAGAGAACAUCAAUUCAGCUGCCAGCCGUCUUUCAAUCUGUGAUAAUUUCGGCAGAAGUGUGACGACUGAUCGGCCACCUCCAAACGACCUCGAGAAGCUUCUGAAAGCUUACAACGAGGAGCGCGUGAAGAUUUACGGGGAGCACGAGUCUAGUACCAAUUCUUGCGAGAACAUCCGCGAGGAAAUUCGUAAGACAGAGAAGGAAAAGACGAAAUUGGCCAAGGACUUGGUAAAGGCCAAUGAGAAGAAGGAAAAGGAGGCAGCGAAGCGGAAAGAGAAGAUUUUGCGUAAGAAGGCCGAGAUUUACAAUGAGAAGCAGAGAGUCAAGACUGAGCGCGAAUCCUUUUGGCCAAAGAAGGUGUACAAGAUUACUAUCAACCUUGAACCUUCAACUUCAACACCAGGAUCGUCUCGUCGAAGCUCUGUGAAUGAUGGCGAUACUCUGGUUAAUCUUGCCACGACCACUUUUCACGAACCAUCUGCUGAACGGGUGAAGUCUGGCGAGAUCAGCCUAUCUCUAUCAUACAUCACAUAUUCAGCUUCUUGGUCACCCAGAUAUGACCUUAAUUUGAGUACGAUGAAGGGUGCUGGACUAUUGGAAUACGGGGCAGGGCUGAAAAAUACCACGUCGGAGACUUGGCGCGAUGCAAACGUUGUUCUCUCGACAUCUCAGACUACCUUCUCUGGCCUGAGUGAAACCAUCCCCAUUAUGCAGCCAUGGCAUGUCCGACUAACCAAGGUUGUCAAUGGCAACACCGAUGCUUCACUAAUGAGCCAAAACGAAGUAGCGGCCAAAAGACGGGAAUGGAGUACCACAACUGACCCGAGCCAAAAGCAGCGGUCGGACAUUUUCGGCCGCGACAACAACGCCCAUAAUACCUUUGCGGCGCAACAAGCCAGAAUGGCCGCCCAAAAGCAGGCGAAACUAUCAAGGGAAGUUCAAAAAGUGGUAAGCAGACACUCAAAACCUGUACCCCAAGCUUUUGGGGCACAAGCAGUUCAUACAGGUGGGCUCUUUGGGAAUGCGAAUGUGGGAGCGAGUUCAAGUGCUUUUGGUGGGGGGGCAAAUAAGUCAGCCUUAUUCGGCAGCAGUCACGCUGUUGCUGAACAGGAAGAAAAGGAAGAGGAUGAUUCAGACGAGGACAUGGGCUUCGCUCUUUUUGAUGGGCCAUCUUUUAACCCCCUUGAGUUUGAAGCUGGUGCUUGGCAGGAAUCCGGAAUGACUACCACCUACGACGUCCCUGGUCUCAAGACCCUGACUCCAAGCCACUCCACCAUCAAGCACAAGAUUGCCAAGAUCGACUUCCGGAACGUUAUAUUCUCUCACAUCGUCAUUGGAAAGCUCCGCCAAGUCGCUUUCCUCAAAGCUCGUCUCCGCAAUACCUCUAAGAUCACCCUACUCAAAGGUCCUCUUGGCUUAACCCUCGAUGGAUCAUUUUUGGGACAAGCAACAUUCCCAAGAUGCUCAGCCGGAGAAUCGUUCUCUCUUCCGUUGGGAGUCGAUCCAGCUAUCAAUAUCAAUUACUCCAAGCCGACAGUUCGCCGUUCUCAGAGCGGCAUCUUCAAUAAGGAAGACAGCAACGUCUUCACUCGAACCGUCGUCAUUACCAACACCAAGCACAACGCCCCAUGCGAGCUUACUGUCCUGGAUCAAGUCCCUGUCUCCGAAGACGAGCGCCUCCGCAUCGAGAUCACGAAUCCCCGUGGCUUGAAGGCUGGAGGUGAAGGCGUCCGAGCCGGCACCAGUGCCUUUGCGGUUCUCCCAUCUCCAACUAGUGGCAAAGGCAAUGCAAAAGAUGUUCGAGCUAGCGUGUAUGGCUCUGAUGGAAAAGAGAUUGCGAAUAACGGAAAGUGGGGAAGCGCUGUCGCUACGGCGAAGAAAGGCGGAGAAGUGACAUGGAACGUCCAUCUGAAUCCGGGACAGGGUGUGAAGCUUGUGUUGGAGUACGAGGCUACCUUCCCUGCUGGAGAGAGCGUGACAGGUGUAACUGGUGGGCAGGUCUAG